AUGCCUUCAAACGUAAUGGAUACCGUGCAGUCAACUGAUUCGUCAGAAGACUAUGGACCAGGGACAUACGUCGACACGAGCUUCACUCCGGUGCCCGAGGAAUGUAAACGACUGCUGCAUGUCUUCGCGGCUAGAACUCCUGGCUUCACGCAGGAUCCUGCCCUCCUUGAUGGAGUUAUAUUCGAAGGUGACGAUCUGCCUUGCAUUCCCGGACCGAUCAAGGCACAGGCUGUGACGGCAGUGCUGCAUGCGAUGGUCGGUAUCGUGGGCCAUGAAAUGCUCCAACUUCGCGGCGACGAUACCAGCUUGAUAACGCACGUCAACACCAACCAUGCAGGGCUAUAUCCAGCCACUCCUGCGCUAGUGACCGUGGAAGGGCAGACGGGUCCCUCCGUGAUUGCUCUGCCUAGCGUGCCUCAGUGGGAUAAAGACCGUCAAUCCGGCUCUCCCAUGGUAUAUCGUGCAACAGCUAUCUAUCCGACUGCCGAUGAGGGCAUCUGGUUCCAGCUACAUGGCUCUCUUGACCCUUGGGCAAUGCUGAGGACGAUCGGCAUUACGCGGGAUGUGGAAGUGACCAUACAAUCCAAUGAUGAAGCCUAUAAGUACAUUGGAGAACGCGUGCGGACAUAUCGUGCUCGAGAGCUCGAACAGCUUAUGCUCGAGCAUGGCCUGUCGGGCUCAAUCGUUCACUGUCCCCAAAGCUGGCGUCACACGCAAAUGGGCCAGUCUCUCGCUCGUCAUCCACUGGUCAACUACGCCCAACACGCACGUGGUUCCUCUCUUCCGCCCACGCUCCCGCUCAGGUUGGCCGACAAACGACCGUUAGCCGGGAUCAAAGUCGUUGAACUGGCGCGUAUUAUUGCCGCGACUGCCAGUGGAGCUGCCCUGGCGUCUAUGGGGGCUGAGGUCAUCCGCGUGAACUCUUCUAAACUCAAGGAUUACACCCCCGCGCAGCCUUCCUCAUUAAUGGCGGGCAAGACAACAAUCGACUUGGAUCUGGAUAACCCUGCUGAUCAUGAACGACUGAUGCAGUUGUUCGAAGACGCUGAUGUCAUCAUCCAAGGUUAUCGCCUGGGAUCCUUCGCGCGUCGUGGGUUCAGCUUCGAGGCGGCUCAGAAGAUGGCCGAGAAGCGCGGCCGCGGCAUCGUUUACGCGGACGAGAACUGUUACGGCCCAGAUGGCUACUACGCCGAGCGCCCGGGAUGGCAGCAAGUGGCGGAUGCGGCCGCAGGAAGCUCGUACAUUAUGGGUCAGGCGUUUGGUUGUCCCAAGGGCCGGGGCGUACUGCCCAGUCUGCCCAUCUCCGACAUGUCGACGGGCAUCUUAACGACACUCACCAUUAUGUGCGGGCUGAGGGAUCGCGCCAAGUUCGGCGGCUCAUAUCACGGUCAUACCGCACUGACGGCAUAUAACAUGGCAACAUUGGAUCCGGACGUUCGGCUAUACCAACGUGAAGUCGUACGGAAGAUCCAGGACAUCUAUCGGUUUGCUCCAUGGUCCAGCGAUGCGCAUGUGGCGCCGUUGUAUUACAAUAUAUUAAAUGCAUGGGACAAAAAUAGUGACCUGGCGAAAAACGAAAAGUAUUAUGUGCACUUUUCUGACUCGGUCUUUGGAGCUGAUCUGCGCGUGCUCGCGCCCGUGGUGAAGUACGCUGAUGAGGAGACCACGCCACGGUGGACAUCCCCGCCAGUGCCUUUCUGCCACCAUAAGUUUAGGACUUUUUCUUCCCCCACUGGGGUAUGA